AUGAUGCGGUUGAACAACGGUUCCAGCUCCAGCGUCGCCAGCAAGGACAAGGAGUUGCCUCCGGUCCCCCCCAAAGCCGAUGGCUCGCUCUUAAAUGUCAAGACCCUAAACCGCAAGAAUUUCAAGAAGCUCCAGCUCCAUCACGAUUUGGACAGCACCAUUCCCCCAAACCUCGAACACAACUCACCUGAAAGUGGCCCUUUGAAGAACAAACGCACGCUUCUCAACCUCAACUUGGGCGGCAACUCCAACUUCCAGAACCCAGGUUUUGUCAACCUGAGCGCCUCAGGCCACCGCAACCUCGACCCGGACUCGGUGCUGUCGACUGAUAAUAUCAUCAACCAGAUCUCCACUCUCGAAUUGGCCCACCAACCGCAUAAGUCCAAGUUCAUUCGCAAGAAGCAGACAGUCAUCUCAUCGAUAUCCCCCACCAAGUCGACCAGCUCUAUGCACCUGCCGAGCGAGCCCGGCGGUGGUGAUACUGGCAACAUCCUGCCAAUUUAUUCCACGACAACCAGUUUCAAGUUCAACUCAAAGGACCUUGUCACCUUGAAGAACUUGGGUUCUGGUAACUCCGGAACCGUGUCUAAGACGUUGCAUAUCCCCACGCAGCGGAUCAUGGCCAAGAAAAUCAUCCCCAUCGAGCUGAACCUGUUGAUCCAGAACCAGAUUAUCCGAGAGUUGAAGAUCUUGCACGAGUGCCAGUCGCCGUACAUCAUCGAGUUCUUUGGCGUGUUCAUCAAUAAUAACAACACGGUGGUGAUAUGUAUGGAGUACUGUAAUUGUGGGUCUUUGGAUAAGAUUCUUGGACUCUUGCGGCCUCGACAGUUCCCACUCGUGGUGUUGAAAAAACUCUCCUACUCGAUGUUAAGAGGUUUGGUGUACUUGUACGAGAACCACAAAAUCAUCCACAGAGACAUCAAGCCGUCCAAUGUGCUUAUGACCCAUAAGGGUCAGUUUAAGUUGUGCGAUUUUGGUGUUUCAAGAGAGUUGACCAAUUCACUCGCCAUGGCCGAUACCUUUGUGGGCACCUCCACUUACAUGUCACCGGAGCGGAUCCAAGGACUCGAGUACGGCAUUAAAAGUGAUAUCUGGUCAAUGGGGUUGAUGCUCAUAGAACUUGCUAGUGGUCGCUCCAUCUGGCACGAAGACUUUGAUGACAAGAACAAUACUAAUGACAAUAAUGACCACCAUUCUCAGCUGUCUACAUCUGAUGAUUUUACCUCCAACCCGGGGCCUGAAGGGAUUUUGGACUUACUCCAGCGGAUCGUGAAUGAAGACCCUCCUUGUUUAUUGAACCUCAUCAACCCUGUCACCAAGCAGAAGUACGAUCCUGAGCUCUGUCAGUUCAUAAACUACUGUUUGAUCAAGGAUGACAAACAACGGAAGUCACCCUGGGAGUUAUUGAGUUUACAAGAUUGUACGUUUCUUCAGGAUGUGAAAAAACCCGAAUAUGAAAAGGAAGUCCGCACAUGGGCCAAGAUGAUUCGAAACCUACACAAAGAGAAGCAGGACCAGCAGGACAGGGAGAAGGACAAAAGAAAGAGAUGAAGCUGACGAUGAUGACGAUCACGAUUAUAACACUAAAUAGUAAAUAUCAUUUAUAGACAACUAUGUACGCUGAACAUUGAACAAUGCCUGCUAAAAUUAUGCUGAGCCGCUGUUGUUCAAUUUCGCUUGCAACUCCUCCGCCGAGAUCAAUGCAUAAGGCGCAUUUUAUGCCGGGUCAUCUGCCAUGCAUGCGUGUACAUUCCGGCAAAAGUUGCUGCCGCUGAUCGGAUUAUGGGCGUGUCCAGCUACCCCCUGCGAUUGCAGCCACCUUGACGGUUGCGCUUGUUAUUGCGUUUGUGUACCGCUCCUGUGGGGGGUAUUGGUCAGAACAGCAAUGAGUCGCCUACGAGUAGAACGGCACUGGCUUACGUUGCAUCCAGAUCGUACUGCACUAACACGACUUUCGCGCUUCUGCGGGUCAACCCCCCACAAUCUUCGCUCGACGGUUUCCGCACAAUAUCACACUAUUUCCCCAAAGGGUGCGACCAUGCGGUGAUGCUCCUAUCGUAUGAAUAUGCGCUCUCUGUUACAAAACGGUCGCAAAACCGGCGACUGUCGACCCUUGAAGAAAUUGUCGAGUUCGAGAUACUUAAUAACAAGACAAAGUUUUCCCUUAGAGGCUGGCUAAUGGGCGACAGCUAGAAACUCAUGUCUUGGAUUCUUAUUGUAUCGUAUAUUUAAAACACAAAUCACCAGUGUCUUUUGUGUAAUAUUAAAAGAACAUCCACAAAGACACAACAAAAUAAAAUAGAGUCCUGACUCUUUACACAAAUCAACCACUGACAAAAAACCACUAAUGGGCAUGCAACCCGUAGGUUUCAACCAACUUCCAGUAACUGGUAGCCGUGAUUUUUCUGAACUUCUUUCCUAACGCUAUCAUCACCAACGAAAGGGCCCAGAAAAAUGCUCCAAUACAAGCAAGACUAAUGUACAAGUUUUGAGUGCCAACUGCCUCUAGCCAUGGAGUCACAGCAUACGAAAAACCAAAACCCAUGGUGUUUCUGAUCAAAAUCAUUGUCACCAACCCGACUCCACUGACUUCUUUGUAGCAAUCAAUGAUAUAGUUGAUGGCAAUGGCACUUCCAAUGGGAAAGGUGGAACAGAUGGCUCCAAGACCAAAGGCCAAACCAACCCAGUGGAUACCUUUGGCAGCCCCAAUUCCAUAUAAAAGACAUCCAAACGGAUGGAUAACCAUGGGAAUCACAGAUAACCAUAAUCUGAACUCAGGUUCUCUAUAACCCUUUCCGGUUCUAGCUUUCCGCACCGUGAACCCAUCAACUACUUUACCACUAAAGUAUGCUCCCACAGAGAUACCAAUGGCAGGUGAGGCAAAGAACACUCCCACCAUGUUGGCACCGAAGUUGUAAGGAGGAGCAGAUAAAACAGAAGCGAUGGUAGCGUUUACCACGUUAAACCAACUCAAAACCGCACCCACAGUGAACCCUGCGAAUACCACACUGGGAAAACGUAAAAGGUAGAAAGGCAUCCACAUUGACUGGAAAAAAUUGGUCUUCUGUUGAGGGCUU